CACUCGCUCAGAGAUCAACUCAUCAUCCAUCGCUUGAGUCCCAUCUUCGAGAGGCCUAAUAAAUCUAAUCCGAACACACAUCGUUAACAUCGCCACAAGUCAACAGCAAGUCAAGAUGCGAUCGGUCUCCAUCGUCGCUGCUGUCCUCAUCGGCGCCGCUGCUGCCAACCCCUUGGAGUGGCCCCGGAAUAACCACUAUGGAUACAACCCAUACCCAACGGGCGGCUCCUCGUCAACUUCAGUCGAGACCCCCUCCUCGACUUUGAUCCCGUCUUCAUCGACAAGUGGCGGCUAUCCUCAUCCCACUGGCGGCAGCUCCUCGGUGCCUACUCCAUCGAAGAGCUCCGACUACCCUCACCCGCCCUACUCGACCAGUGAGAGCAAGCCGCCGCAUUCUCCCCACCCAACCGGCUACACCCCUUCGACCAAGCCGCCUUACUCGACUGGCGUCUCUCCGCCGCCAACCACAGAAACGGAAGUAAUCACUACCUACACAACGGAGACAGUCUGCCCCGUCACCAAGACUCGCGGAACGCAAGUCAUCACCACCCUGACGACCAGCACCAUCACAAUUACCUCCUGCAAAGCGGGCUGCCACCACAAGCCGACACCAACUCCCAUCAUUCCUACCGGCCCAUCCGGCCCGAUCACCAAGACUGAGACCCUCACAACAACCACCUACACCUGGGUCCCCUGCUCGACGCCCGUAGGCCACAACGGACCCUCCGUCAUCUACUCCACCUACCUGACCCCCUCUUACUACCCGACUACCUACACCACCACCGUCGUCGUCUACCCAACGCCGACCCCGCAACCCCCAGUCGUCACUCCCGUCACCGUCCCUGAGUCCUGCCCCGCGCCCUCAACCGUAACCAAGACCGUCACCGUCUACCCAGAGCCGUGCCACGCCUGCGAGACCAAGACUUACACCAUCACUGAGCACGGAACCACGACCUGCUUCACGGUGACCGUCACCCCGACCCAGACUCCUACCGGUCCCGUCUACCCACCGCACCCGCCGCACUCGACGCCCAGCGGCCCCAAGCCCCCGGUUCCCACCGGCGGUAGCUCCAAGCCUAGCAUCCCGUCUGGCACUGGCUAUGUUCCCUACCCCACGCACGGCAGCUCCAGCGUUCCGUACAGCUCCUCGCGCACUGGACCCAAGCCCACGGGAUACGGCUACCACCCCUGGUAAAUAGUCAACCAUCUGCGCACGAGUGAAAUAGACAAUCCGGCAUAGCAAAAGGGCGUUUGGGUUUGAUCCACAGCAUAUGGCGAUAUACGACGCCAUCUCGGGACCUAGCACCGGGGCGGGGCGGGCACAGGUAUCAUAAUUUCGGGCUAUCGGCGACGACUUUACUAUCCUUGACACUUCACGAAGCAUAU